GACAUCAUCAUUUAUGAUACAUUAUCGAGAGAUGUUCCCAGGGCGGAGAUGUGCUGUGAGACGUUGUGGGGCGCCUCCUUGUGCGGCGCUUGCUAAUUGCUAGGGUGGCUUCGAACCGAAUCCCGACUGCACCAGGGUGGCGGGCUACCCCCGCUGAAUAAGUCAUUCAGUUCAUCGAUUUCAACCGCAAAAGUCAUUCAGUUCAUCAAUUUCAACCGUCAUUUAUUAGGGUUGUUUACAGCACUCCUCGUACUUCACGGUGUAACCCUAUACGAGACCGCUCAUACUAGGCACGUCUCCUUCCAUCCUUAUUCUUAUUGAUUUAUCCUUCUGCUACUGCUGCCGCUGUUCGGUCCGGAAUACAGGAGUUCUACCUCUUUUUGUCUUUCAGAUGGAACCUAUUGACAUACCAAUUCUAGAUGGACCACCCAUUGAUGGUAAUCUUAUGGAGAUUGGAAAUGUGGGAACUUGCAAUGCUGAAGAUGAUACUGCAGACAUAGAGAGGAUUACUCACCAUAUUGAUAACAUGAUUACAAAGGUUGUUGAGCUUGAGCAAAAAGUGAAUGAAGUGGAACAGUUCUUCUUAACUUCGAGUAAAAGGAUCAAUUUCAAAGGCAGCUCAGUUGUGAAGGACAAGGACAAGGAUAAACAUAUCAUUAACAUCAAGAAACAGCAGCAAGAUGCAACACAAAGGGAAGCAGCUAGUGCAAAAAGAAUGCAAGAGCUUAUGCGGCAACUCUCCACUAUAUUGCGCCAGGCAAUUACCAGGCCCUUGUAUUUGUUCUCAUAGUCAGCAUUAACUAUAUGCAUGGGUG